AUGAAAUCCCGACCGGAUAGCUUGAGUAUUGCAACAUUGCCAAGCACAUACUUCCGAGUCCUUGAUUCAAAGCACUUUUGCGGCGAAAUCAUCAUCGAAAAAGACAGAGGCAAAGCCAUUGAAACCGCAUGCCGUGCACACCGCGUGGUUUCAACAUCCACAAACAUCACCCUUGCAAUCUUUACCGAUGGCUCACGGCGCUGUCUUGGUGGUGCUUACGCGAUCGCAUUCAAACGUUAUGCCCCAGGCACUGAGGAGCACGGCUGCGAAGUAACGGCCGCCUGGCCUGUAUUCCACCAAACCACCAACGGCUGUGAACUACUAGCAGUGAAGCAGGCUAUCAAGGUGGCAAUCACCGAGCUAGCCACACUCGAACGUCAACUGCCGCCGAAGCACAAAUCGAAGGUCCAGGUCCAGAUUUUCAGCGAUAGCAUGUUUACACUUGAGCAUCUGGCAGGAAUAACGGAGUCCAUGUCAAGGGAGAGCGACCAUAUCUCUUCCAUGUACCGUUGGUCAAAGAGGUUUCGGGAACGAUUCGCAGGUCGUAAUUCACCAUUUGAGGUCAAAUUGCAGCUUCUCUGGGUUCCUGGCCACGUCGACAAGGUGAAGCUUCAUUGCAAAGCCGAUGAGGUAGCUGGCAUAGUUUCCGAGACUACGAUGUCCUUACUUACGGUCGGCGGAGAAAAGCGGCCGUGCCGUCACUGGGACUCCGUGAUCCAGAAAUUGUCUCGGGAACUGCCAGCUCCGCCUUACGAGGUGGCAUCACGAGUGGCUGAAGGAGGACAUGCGGAGGACCAAGAUGACGACUACGAUCUGUUCCCAUGCGAAGCGGACAUAAACGGCCCAGCGAACAAUCUCGAGGUCCUCGAAGGCUCGAACGACUACGAGAUGUACGGCAAUGAUAAUCACCUCCAACCUCAACGCAAUGAAGAGCGGCAAGAUAUCAGCUUCGAACAAUGGGUCAAUCAAUGCCAGGAUAUUCAGCAAUGGAACCAGUUGUCAGCAGAGUUCCAGGGUUGCUACCAACAGUGGUACACCCUGUUUCGAAAGCAACUCCAGGAAGGUGACGUCGAUCAGGAAAUGGGCGGAACUUGA